AUGCAGCUCACCAACCUCAUCGCCCUCUUCUCCGGCCUUGCCACGGCGACGCCGAUCGUCGUCGACGGCUUUGCCAGCGGCCCCUCGGGGCACGAAGUCUCCAUCGAGGGCCUGGCCUUCGCCGGCUCCGGCUGCCCGGCGGGCUCGGUGUCGGGCCAGCUGUCGUCGGACCUGACGACGCUGACACUGCUGUACGACAGCUUCGUGGCGCAGGCGGGCAACAACAUCCCGCCGAGCGAGUACCGCAAGAACUGCCAGCUCAACGUCAAGAUCCAGUACCCCUCCGGCUGGCAGUUCUCCGUCUUCAAGGCCGACUACCGCGGCUACGCCCAGAUCCCCACCGGCGACACGGGCACCUGCAAGGCGACCUACUACUUUUCCGGCGACUCGCGCCAGGCAAAUGUUUUUGUCUUCUCCACCAUGACCAUCAAAGGCCCCUUCGACGACAACUACCUCAAGACGGACCAGUUCGGCAUCGAGAGCACCGUCUGGUCGCCCUGCGGCAUGGAGGGCCUGCUCAACAUCAACUCGGAGGUCCGCAUCUCGCCCAUGAACGCCACCGAGCCGGCCCUGAUGACGGUCGACUCGACGGAUCUGCGCUUCACGCAGGUGCACUAUCUGCAGUGGCAGACGUGCUAG